AAAGCGUAUGAACGUUUUUAAAUUUGAAACUUCAUAAAUUAAAUAUUAAUUAAAUAAUUUCAAUAUUGUGUUAUUAAUGCAUACUUGUAUACCAUAUAAGUAUGUUUAAGUUUAAUAAAUUUUUCAAUUAUAAAAACCAAAUUUUAGCCACAUUAGCAGUUUGCAUAACGGCUUUUCUUCAUGGAGUUGGAUUGGGAUGGUUAUCACCAGCGAUCAUAUAUUUACAAUCAAAUAAUUCAAUAUUAGUUACUGGUCCAAUUACAAAUGAUGAAAUUUCAUGGUUAAGUAGUGUACUUCCAAUCGGUUCAACAAUUGGAAGUUUUUUGUUUGGUUACAUUGGCAAUGCAUAUGGUAGAAAGAAGGCCUUAAUAUGCUUGAUUGUACCACAAUUGAUAUUUUGGUCAACAAUACUAUUUGCGGAACAUAUUGAAACUCUCUAUUUUGCUCGUAUAAUGACUGGUGUAAAUGCUGGUUCAUCGUUUAUUACAAUUCCAAUUUAUAUUACAGAAAUUUCCAGCAAAGAAAUUCGUGGAAGUCUUGGUUCAGUAUUUACAUUGGCAAUUAGUAUUGGAAUCACAGUUGGCUAUAUAAUUGGAGCUUAUUUGCCAUAUGAAGUUAUGCCGAAAAUUUUUAUUGGUUUUCCAAUAAUAUAUUUUAUAAGCAUAUAUAAAUUGCCAGAAACACCACAAUUUCUGUUUUUGAAAGGAAAACAAGAUGAUUCAAAAAAUUCAUUGAAAUUUUAUCGUAGUGCCAAGCAAUUAGAUAAUUCUGGUUUUGAAGUUGUAUAUACGGAAUUCAAAGAGAAUUGUCAAAAUACUCAGAGCGGUUCAAAAAUAAUUUUAUCGGAUUACACUAAUAAAUCAACUUUAAUAAUAUUUGGUCAUUGUUUUGUUUUGGGAUGCAUGUAUCUGCUAACUGGCGGAUAUGUAAUUAUUAAUUUAGCUGGGAGUGUGUUCAAAGAAACUGGUGCUGAUUUAGAUCCAAACACAAGUGCUAUUAUUAUGGGUUUUUGUCAUAUUGCUGGAAAUUAUUUGUCAACGGUGAUUGCUAAUCGAAUGACAAGAAAAAAUUUAUUAGCUUUAUCUUCUGGUUUUUCAUUAUUGGGUUAUACGGCAACAAUCAUUUUUGUUAUGCUAUUCAAUCAAUAUGAAACCUUAAAAAAUCAUAGUUGGAUACCAAUAUUAACUUUAUCAUUUACAAUAUUAUCAAAUUCUUUUGGUAUAAUGUCACUUGUAUUUCAUGUUAUAGCUGAACUUGUACCACAAAAGAUUAAAUCACAUGCCUUCGCCUUUGUAAAUAUUGUUCUUAACUUCGUUAGCAUCUUUAAUUUUCAAAUAUUUUCAAUAUUAAUGUUUUAUUUUGGAUUAGGUAGUGCUUUGGCACUUUGUGGUGUGUCAUGCCUUUUAUCAGUUAUUUAUGCUCUAUUAGUUUUGCCAGAAACUAGCCAAAAAUUUGGAGAAAAGACAAAACACAUACGUCCACAAUCAGUACCUUUAAAAUCGAAACCGUUGUGUACUUCAAAAUUGCAGAAAACAAAUGAACAAAGUAAAAGCUGUUGCUCUAUAUAUCCUAUAGAAAAACACAAUUUAUUAUCAAAUAUUAAAGACAUUCGGAUUGAUAUCGUUGAGAAUACUGAAAAGUCUUUGCCUCAAUUUAAUGUUUAUUUAUAUGGAAAAAAAUCUGCUCUUUCCAAUUCAAAUUCAUCUAAAGUUCUUAAAAAAUGGGUCUCCGAAAUUAUUAAGUUCGAUGGAAAACAACAUGUCAAACUUAACAUAACACAAAGGAAUACGAAUUCGAUCUUAAAGAAAGAUGUGAAAUUGGAUAAAAUCUCAAAAUUAACUCAAACAAGGUUAUCGAAUAUUAGCAUUAGUGACAAUUCAACCACAAUAAAAUCAGGAAAUAACGUGGUUUCAAAAAGCUAUUCUUCAAAUGUUAAUCAAGUGAAGAAGUCAUUGCAUUUAUUUAGAGGUGAUGAAAUUACAUUUAAUAAGUUUUGUAUGAAAGAAAUGCGUUCUCUUGCAGUAGGUUCUUUACCAGAAAACGAAAGAUAUAUUCCCACAGUUUCGAAAUUAGAUUUAAUUUUAAUUAAUAAUAUCGGCAAACAACUUGUGUUCAACGAUCAAUUUACUCUCAAAAAUUUAUUAAAAAUUAAGAUUGAAAGUUUUAUUCCAAGACCACUUAAUAUUCUUGAAGAUAUAAAAUAUAUAUGUAAAUAUUUUCCAAUUAGGGAAACGACUAAUAUUACUGUUAAACACGGUAACUUAAUUUCAAGUACAAACAGAAUUUUGAAUAAGAAUAAAAAUGGAGCUAUACGAGUAUUAAACAACAAUAUAGCCUUUAAGAGCUUUUUUAAAUACAAAAAACAAAUUAUAGCCACAUUGGCCGUUUGUAUAACGGCAUUUCUCCAUGGAGUUGGAUUAGGAUGGUUAUCGCCAGCUAUCAUCUAUUUGCAAUCAAAUAAUUCAACUUUAGUUACAGGCUCAAUCACUAAUGAUGAAAUUUCAUGGUUAACUAGUGUAUUUCCUAUUGGCUCGGCGAGUGGAAGCUUUUCGUUCGGCUAUAUUUGUAAUUCAUAUGGAAGAAAGAAGGGUUUAAUGUAUCUGGUAGUGCCACAAUUGAUAUUUUGGAUCGCAAUAAUGUUUGCAAAAAAUAUCGAAACCCUCUAUUUUGCGCGUAUAAUGUCUGGUAUAAAUUCUGGCUCAUCAUUUGUUACGAUUCCAAUUUAUAUAACUGAAAUAUCUAGUAAAGAAAUACGUGGCAGUCUUGGCUCAUUAUUCGCACUGGCAAUAAGUACUGGAAUUACAGUUGGUUAUAUAAUUGGAGCUUAUUUACAAUAUGAAGUUAUGCCGAAAAUUUUUAUUGGUUUUCCAAUAAUUUAUUUUAUAUGUAUAUACAAAUUACCAGAAACACCUCAAUUCCUACUUUUGAAAGGGAAGGAAGAUGAUUCGAGAAAUUCUUUAAAAUUUUAUCAUAGCGCAAAACAAGUAGACACUUUCGUUUUUCAGGCUUUGUUUACAAAUUUUAAAGAGAAUUUUCGAAAUUCUCAAAACAAUUCAAAAACGAUGUUUUCGGAUUAUGUUAACAAAUCAACUUUAAUCACAUUGGGGCAUUGUUUUGUCUUGGGCUGCAUGUAUCUAUUAACCGGCGGAUACGUAAUUAUCAAUUUAGCUGGAAGUAUUUUUAAGGAAACUGGUGCCAAUUUGGAUCCGAACACAGCCGCGAUUACUAUUGGUAUUUCUAACAUUGCUGGCAAUUAUGUUUCAAUAGUGGUUGCGAAUCGAAUAACAAGGAAAAAUUUAAUUGCUUUAUCCGCCGGUUUUUCAUUAUUGGGUUAUAUAGCAACAAUUGCUUAUACAAUGCUAUUCAAUCAAUAUGAAAUCUUAAAAAAUCAUAGUUGGAUACCAAUAUUAACUUUAUCAUUUACAAUAUUUUCAAAUUCUUUUGGUAUAAUGUCACUUGCUUUCCAUGUUAUAGCUGAACUCGUACCAUCAAAAAUUAAAUCACAUGCGUUUGCUUUUAUACAUGUUGCCAUUAACGUCGUCAGUAUCGUUAACUUUAAAGGAUUUUCAGUUUUGAUGUUUAAUUCCGGAUUAACAAGUGCUUUAUCAUUUUGUGGUAUAUCUUGCCUUAUAUCUUUAAUAUAUGCGUUAGUAGUAUUACCGGAAACUAGUGAAAAAUUUGUAUGA